GUUGAGGCUGGUCGACCGGAAGUAUCGUAUGAUUUUGUUUCGACAAAAACCUGUUAAAUUUCGAAGUGCAUUCGUUAUAGUUACAGUUCCAAUAGCGAAAUACGCACCAGUGCAACCUUUGUUGAUGUCGUCGAAACAAAAUUCGCGGGAACAACGGUGUAAACCACUAGGUGUUUUUCUCAAGUAGAAGUGAAAUUAGUGAAUAGAAGAACGCGGAGCUGCUAAUGAAAAUAGAAAGACAAACACAACGCCACUAAAGAGAUGAGCUUCAGAAUAAAUUUAAAUAUACAUUUAAGCUGUGCUAAAACUUGUAAUCAAAUUUAAUUAUUAAAAAACCCAAAAAUAAAACAAGCAAAAAAAAAAAAUACAUCAGUUCAAACGCUGCGGCAAACGUUCGAUAUAUUUUGAGUGCACAACUUUAAAUUACAUUCCGCAUUUUACUUGGAGAUCUUCAGUAACUUGAUUGAUAUAAAUUACGUAAAAUGAUGCCCAAAAUGUCAAGAAGACCCAACGCCGGGAGCGUUGGCAUUGGGAGAAGUAGCCGCUUCAAUAAUUCCAGUUUUGCCUUUGUGACAGCAGUUUAUGUUAUAGUUGCAUUCGUCGGCAGCGCACUUGUGGCGGGUGUGCGCGGUGAGGAGUGCGGUCAAGAGGAGUUCACGAAAUGUGCUGAGCCUCUGGAAAUGCUACAUUUAACCUCCGAAUUUUCCAUCGGCGCUGCCAAGAAGGACGAACUGGAUAAACUUUGCAACGAAUUAAAAAAAGGCGUCCGCUGCAUCCAAAGUUAUACCCGACGCUGCAUGCCACUUCAGCAAAGAAACCAAUUCAAUAAGCUAUACCAUGGCACAAAUCAAUUUAUUCGCGACCUGUGCAUUAAAGGAGAAUUCCAGGAUGAGUAUUUAAAACAUGCACCCUGUUCGGAGAUGGCCAAGAAAGAAUUUGAGGUGUGCGCCAAUCGUUAUAAGGAGACAAUGGUUUUCUUAAAGCCGAAUAAAAACCAGGAAAGCCACGAGAACAUUACUUUAAAUGAAAAUAUAAAAACAAUCUGUUGUUCAAUUAAUGAGUUGGUCGAUUGUUCUGAAGAUGCGGCUCGUAAAAUAUGCGGACCCGAUGCGGCGAAGUUUACUCGCGAACUGGUGGACAAAUAUGCGAAUAGCUUGACGAAGCUCUACUGCGAGGACUUCACUCGACACCCAGAAAUGUGUCAUGACGGGCUCAGCGAUGACGGUGUGACUCCGCUACAGUCGCACGUUGGUCGUGUGGUUGUGUUUGUGAUUUCAAGCAUUGCCGUGGCACUGGGAUCGUCACAUUUUCGGCUAAGAUAGAUGAAAAGUAUGGAAACAUAAAAUGGCAAAAAUUACUUUGCUGCGCUUAAUUUUCCAUAGACGUUAUUUACAAUAUUAUUAUUCUAAUUAUUACUUUUGGAUGUUAUUUAAGCUAUGAGUUUUUGGUGUGUGCGCGCAGUAAUCUAAAUUUAGGAAAUAUGAAAAGCAAAUGUGGAGUGAAAUGUAAUACAGCGCCUGGCUGUAUAGAGCAAAAAGGAAAAAACAAUGAAAAUAAUGCAAGUUUUUGUGUUGCCAUAUGAAUUACAACGCGCAAAAACAUUUUAGUUUGCAUGAUUAAGAGCGGUGAAAUAUGGAGGUUAAUAGUGGUGUAGUUAUGUUAAAAAAGCAUAAGCAGUUAGUUGGUAAUUUUUCGCAAAUAAAUUAGAUUUGAAAAGUCGGGAAAAUGUUGCAAAUAUGAAAAACUAUGGCUGCAAAAAAGGCCAAUACGAAAUUAUCGACACACACACACACACGUAUAUCUAGAAUACAAAAAGACCAAAAUA